AAACAAAAUUGGUUAAAAUUCAUUUAUUUAGUUAUUUUAAUGUCUGCUUUUAAUUUUUCAUCUCAUGGUUCUCAAGAUUUAUAUCCAACUUUAUUAACUAAUCAAUUGGGUUAUGGUAAAGAUCGUUCCACUGUGACAAAUUCAGUUGCAAAUCUAGGUGCAAUUGCAGGUGGUGUUAUUAUGGGUCAUUUUUCAGGUUUUAUUGGUCGUCGUUUUAUUGUUGUUAUUGGUUGUAUUUGUGGUGGGGCAAUGAUUUAUCCAUGGGCAUUUGUUAAAGGUUCAGGUAUUAAUGCUGGUGCAUUUUGGUUACAAUUUUUCGUUCAAGGUAAUUGGGCAAUUGUUCCAAUUCAUCUUUCUGAAUUAUCACCACCAGAAUUUAAAGCUUUUGUCACUGGUGUUUCUUAUCAAUUGGGUAAUUUAGCUUCAAGUGCUUCAUCCACAAUUGAAAGUACAAUUGGUGAACAACAUGUUUAUGAUUAUGCUACAGUUAUGGCUAUAUUUAUGGGUUGUGUCUUUGCAUUUUUAUUAGUUGUUAUGUUAUUAGGUCCAGAAAAUAGAAAUGGUAAUAUUAAUUAUGUUAUGGAUGAAGCUGAAAAGCAAGAUUUAGCUGAACAAGGUAAAAUUGUUACUUCAACUGAACAUUAUGAAGAAGGUACAACGGAUCAAAUGGGUACUUCUUCAGGUAAUGAAGGUGAAAAACCAACAGCUCAACAUAAAGAAUGA